GAUAAAAAGUAUAUUGAUAACCGCUUCUUGUUUUUAGGCGGAAAGAUUCAAUUCUUCCUUAGGCUGUCGCAUUUAACGUACUGCGGGAACAUACGUAGGAAUAUUACUUCCGACUAAUGAGGGUCUUGCAUUUGACACACGGUUUAACUUAGUCAACGAUUCUCAUGACCUUCUCGGCAUGGUGCGUUCUCCUUCGGUAUCAGCCGUUGAGAAUUUGUAAGACUCCUCGAAAUUUGAACUUCUUCAAACCCGCGUAUUCAACCUCUCUGCCGGAUAGCAUGGAGAAGCCUAAAGUGUUAAUCACCAGAAACGAUGUCCCACAGAUCGCCAUACGGAAACUACGUGAGCUGUGUGAUGUAGACAUUUACGAAGGCUCCUACCCGAUGCCUCGCGACCAACUCCUGGCCAGAGUCGCCGGGAAAGACGGACUGUUCUGUUUCCUCACAGACCGCAUCAACGCCGAAGUUUUGGAUGCGGCCGGACGAAGCUUGCGUGUGGUCAGUACGAUGUCUGUGGGCUACGAUCAUCUCAGCCUCGAGGAAAUGAAAAGCCGCGACAUCAAAGUGGGCUACACGCCGGACGUGCUCACGGAUGCAACGGCCGAGCUGACGCUAGCGCUGCUGCUGGCCACCUCGAGGCGUCUGCUACAGGCCAACGCUGAGCUUAAUAAUGGCGGCUGGGGAAGGUGCGUGUGGGGCCCCGUGUGGAUGCUGGGUAAAGGAUUGUCGGGGUCUACGGUGGGAAUCUUUGGUUUGGGGCGGACUGGACAGGCAGUACUCAAGAGGCUCGCGGGCUUUAACGUCGCCAAGUUCCUCUAUACGAGCACGACUAAGAAAGAGCUACGCGCCAAGUUCAACAAGGACGCCUUUGCUGCCAUGAAGAACUCGGCGGUCUUCAUCAACACCUCUAGAGGAGGACUGGUAGACCAAGAAGCGCUAGUGUGGGCCCUUCAGACCGGCCAGAUCUGGGCUGCGGGUCUGGACGUGAUGACGCCAGAGCCGCUCCCCACUGACCACAUCCUCACCACCCUGCCUAACUGCACAUUGGUCCCUCAUAUUGCAAGCGCUGACGUCAAGACGCGUGAAGCGAUGGCAGAGUUGGCUGCUGAAAAUCUUCUCGGGGGGCUCAUCGAAGGCAAACAAAUGCUCAAAAGAUUGUGCUGAAGCCAUCAACAAGACAAUGGAGAAUUUACUCAAGACACGAACUGUUCAAUAGUAUGAGGAUAAUUAUAUAUUUCAUCGAAUAUAAAAUUUAUUUAAUACUAUGUAAUUGAUUAAAUUUGAGUUUAUAUUGUGGCUCCAAAGCAAAAUAAUGUGAAGCAAUCCCUCUAGGACAGAAUUUACUUGAUCCUGUAUAACAUCUUGCGCUGCAAACGAUGCUGGACUUCCCCACGCCGAAUCAUGUAGUGCAGGACAUUAGAAAUAGCACGUUCAUGGUAUUUUUGAAAUAUUACUUAGAUAUUAAUAAAAUCUAACUAUUAAAACUACACUCACUUGUCUCACGAAGUCCUGAACAAUAGAGUGCUUUGAGGAGACCUGAGAGCGUUGCCAGGAGACCUGGCAAAGCGUUACACCUCGUCGAAGCUUUGGAGUCAAAUUCACCAAAUUCCUUUUUUUAAAGAGUUCAUUCAUGGUCCAGCUUAUCGUAUUAUUGUGAGCAUUGUUCUGUGUACAUAAAUGACCAGUAAAAAAUUGACAGUUUGUAUGAUGGUUCUUACACGGGGCGCCUAUCGCUCGACUGGCGCAAGGGAGGCUUGCUGCUCCUUUACUUCCCGUAGUCAGCAACUCUUACUCCGGUCUCUUAAACAUUUUUUUUCUA